AUGAAUGCGCUGAAGCCAGUUCUGAUCAAGUGUCGGCGGAGGUACAACGUUAAAAUGCAGGGCGUCAUACUCUUCGUCUUGGUCGGCGUCGCGAGCGCUGCGCUUGCAGAUGGGCAAUUUUACGUGCCCCGUGCGUACUACACGAUCGAUUCUGAAGGGCACGCCUCUGCGCCUGUGCCACUGCGCAGAAUUCGCCGUUCUCUGAAUCCUUACCCUUACGCCUACGGUGGAGCCAAUGCGAACGCGGACGCAAACGCCAACGCACGUGCCGACGGCUCGGGAGGUGACGCGUCCGCAAAUGCACGUGCAAACGCUAACGCCAUCGCUGGUACCGGUGGCUGGGCCCUGCCACCCGGCGCUGGUUACGGUGCUGCCAACCCCAACUUCCUAAGGCAU